AUGGUCGUCUUAUGGAUUACAUUGCUUUUUCUUCAUCAAGGAAAUUCUCUGGUUCCAGUGAAAACAGUCCAUGUUGGUGAAACAGCAACAUUAACAUGUGUUUUACCAAAUGAAGAGCUCGGCAGCAGAAAGGUUCAGUGGUACAAGCAGAGAGUCGGGGAUACUCUUAAAUUAUUAGUGUCACUUCCUGGAAAACCUUCUUCAGAGUUUUUUCAGUCAAGAUUUUCUGCACAUAAUAGUAAAGAUUUUAGCAACCUGACCAUUUGGAAUGUAGCCCAAGAGGAUGAGGGAAUGUAUCACUGUGGAAUAGACACCUGGAUUAAACUUGAAUGGAGUGGGACAUAUUUGUUAGUAAAAGGAAACACUGAAAGGACAUCAAACUAUAUUGUUGUACAGCAGCCGACAGAAUCAAAUCCACUCCGUCCAGGAGACACAGCAACUCUUCAGUGUUCAGUUCUGACAAAUUCUGAGAACAACACAUGUUCAGGACAUCAUAAUGUUUUCUGGUUCAGAGAUGGAUCUAAUAAAUCUCUUCCAAACAUCAUCUACACUCAUGGAAACAGAACUGAUCAAUGUGAGAAAAGAUCUGACCCUCAGGAUGGAUGUGUUUAUCGCUUCUCUAAGAACGUCAGCUCCUCUGAUGCUGGGACCUACUACUGUGCUGUGGCCACAUGUGGGGAGAUAUUAUUUGGAAAUGGAACUACACUGGAUGUUCAAGGUAUCUGUGCCUGA